AUGAAGAGAGUACGACAGGACACUACAUCUUCUCAGGCAGACGGAGAAACUCAGAGCUCGCCUGGGCAGAGAAUACUGUUCACAGGUCCAGGCUGCAUUGGAGAUUACCGUCCCAAGCUGGACUAUUUCCCGCGCAGCAUUGGCGUCGGCCCGUUAUCUCGAGAUGCCACGAGCGACCUCAGCUACCUCUUCCGGUCUGCGAGAGACGCUGCCCCGCCGUUACCGAAACACUGCUAUGUGGGAGGAGUGGGCUGGGGUCUGCAGCACUCCACUGCGCUUAACAACAAACAUGAGCUUGACAGAUUUCAGUCAGCUGUGCAGGAUGAAGUGACUCCCAGCCCACGGCAGAAUCAGUCCCGGUUUCAGGACAAACAACCUACCUGUGGGAAGCUUGCUUGGAACCACAGUGCAUACGAUACCUACAGCGAGGAAGACAACAAACAGUUCCUGCUUAACCAGGAACUUGUAAAGACUCAAUAA